UUCAAAGUCAUAUUUAAAGGAGAGCAAACUAGUUUCCCUGAGGCAAGAUGACAACUUGGAUUGGUUUUUGCUUCCUAUUCCUGAUUGCUCUGUCUGCAGAGAGGGGACUAUCCAUACAGGAGGAGACAGAAACCAGCUGCUGUGCACAGCUGAAGAGCUUAGAACAAUGUGGGGGUGACAAGAUUGUUCUCCAGGGCCAGGCAGGGAUACCUGGAAUUCGUGUGCCAGGAACAAAUGGUCUUUCUGGAGCCAAGGGUGAGCCAGGACCUCAGGGCCCCCCAGGUGAAAAGGGCUCUGCUGGGAUUCCUGGAAAAGCUGGACCAAAGGGAGACAAAGGAGACAAAGGGGAACCCUGCUGCUUAGAAGGCUGUCAGCCGGAAGAGGGAAGAGCCAGAAACUGCAAGGAGCUCCAUGAACAAGGAGAAACCCUCACUGGCUGGUACAUCAUCUAUCCAAUCACAGGGAAAGUGAUGGUGGUUUUCUGUGACAUGGAAGUAGAUGGAGGGGGCUGGUUGGUCUUCCAGAGGAGGCAGGAUGGCUCUGUCAAUUUCUACCGUAACUGGGAAUCAUACAAGAAAGGGUUUGGGAGGCAAGGAUCAGAAUUCUGGUUGGGCAAUGAUAAGAUCCAUCUUCUCACCAGCUCUGGAACACAGCAAUUGCGAAUUGAUGUGGAAGAUUUCAACGGUUCCACAACCUUUGCAACAUAUUCCAGUUUCAGAAUCACAAAUGAAAAUGAAAACUAUAAGCUAAUGUUGGGCUCCUAUUUGGAUGGCAACAUGGGGGAUUCUUUCUCAGGACAUAAAGGCAUGGCAUUCUCUACAAAAGACAAAGACAAUGAUACCUAUGAAUCCGGAAGUUGUGCUGUGAGUUACAAGGGAGGUUGGUGGUAUGGUGCCUGCCACUCUUCCAACCUGAAUGGCCUGUAUCACAAAGGAGAACAUAGCUCUUAUGCUGAUGGCAUCAACUGGUCUGCUGGGAAGGGGCACCAUUAUUCUUACAAAUAUGUGGACAUGAAAAUUAGACCUCAAUAGGUGAAAUAUCAGUAUAUUCACAAUUGUUCAACUCUUACUAAAAAUAACUCUUCAGAUUUGGUUUUCACCGGCUGUGCCAAUAUGAUGUAUCCAAUAAACCUGUUCUUAGAGGAA